ACUUCAAGGGUCACCCCAGACUUUGCCAACCUUGCCGAACUCCUUCAAGAUGGUGAAUUCGGCCAAUUCAAGCUUCCCUCCAAGUUUGCAGAGGAAGAGAAAGAGGACGACUACGCCCCUCGCCAAGCAAUUGACUGGCUGGAGCGACGCGCAAUCGCAAAUGUUCCAGAAACAAUAUGUACAUUUGAUGCGUCAGAAUAUCUUGUAAUGCGAGCGAAAGAAGAUUCAUCGAAGCCUCCAGAGGUCCGAGGGGGUCCACGAGAUGCGCUAAUUGUGCAUGCGACUGAGCAUAACUCCUCCGUACUAUUUCAAGAAGCAUUCCUUGUCACUUAUCGAACAUUUAUAUCGUCUCAUGAUCUCAUUAACAAACUCAUUACAAGAUACGUGUAUAUGUCCAUGUCGGGAGACCGAGCAUCGCAAUCAGCAGCUCGUCUAACAUUUUCUGUACUGGUACGAGUAGUGGAUGAGCUAACAAAUUAUGAGUUGAGCGAGGUACUCGUACAUACCGUAACCUCAUUCGUCUAUCGCCUCAUUCACGAAGGAAACCUUAUUUUUGCCCGAUUGCUCAGGAAACGUCUUUUAGACCGGAUUGUAACGCCAAAACCGCCUUCUGCGACCGUCUCGAAAUUAAUUCCACCGCGAAAGCCAUUUAAUCUUUUCGACUUUCGGUCAGCCGAUAUCGCAUGUCAAAUGACUUACAUCGAUUCUCAUCUAUUUCAUCUUAUUGAGCCUGCUGAACUCUUAUGGUGGGCACAAGAGCAAGAUGAAGUGAAGAGCCCAAAUCUAGUAACAUUCACUGAGCACUUUAACAAUGUGUCAUUUUGGGUCCGAACCUUAGUGAUAACGCCUUCUAAUUCUAAAGAAAGGGAAAAGUACAUGUUAAAAUUCAUCAAAAUCAUGAAGGUGGGUAUCGAUUUGACAUUGAAAUGA